CUCUUUCUCUUUCGGAUUAUUAUGAGAAAAAAAAGAUGACAUUGCAAUGAUUAGAUUCGGCAUGGUAUCAUCCCUACGGGGAGAUUUCUUUUUUGACCGAGUUGGUCGUGGGAUCGGUGGGAAAUUAAAGAUGGAAUCUAAGGAAGAUAAGCCAAUCGCCUUAUGGGCAGCUUAAAAGAAGAGAGAAUGGAAGGAUUUGGUUCAUCAAGUGUUAUAAGUUGAGUCCGGUUGGAUUUCGGAGAUCGGGGCAAGGUGCAUCUUGUUGCUACCCAUAUGAUUUAGCAUCCGUUCUUUGUACGCAAGGUUCCUUCAUUAUGUGAAUUUGAAAUCCAGUAACUAAUUAAUAGAGAAAUGGCAGAUUCGGUAGUAUCAAGUUUUUGGGGCCCAGUAACAUCAACUGUUGAGUUGUGCGAGGAAAACUAUACCCAUUCAUCUUAUAUUGCGGAAUUUUACAACACUAUAUCCAAUGUGCCUUGCAUACUUUUGGCACUCAUUGGACUUAUAAAUGCCUUGCGACAGCGCUUUGAGAAAAGAUUUAGUGUUCUUCAUAUAUCCAAUAUGAUACUUGCGAUCGGGAGCAUGAUAUUUCAUGCCACAUUACAACAUGUACUACAACAGAGUGAUGAAACACCAAUGGUAUGGGAAAUGCUGCUUUACAUUUAUGUCCUUUACUCACCAGAUUGGCACUAUAGGAGUACGAUGCCUACUUUCUUGUUUCUCUAUGGUGCUGCCUUUGCCAUGGUCCAUUCACUGGUGCGUUUUCAAAUAGGAUUCAAGGUGCAUUACUUUGUAUUGUGUCUUCUCUGCAUUCCUCGGAUGUACAAGUAUUACAUCCAAACUAAAGAGACAGCAGCUAAGCGGCUCGCCAAACUCUAUGUGGCAACAAUACUUUUGGGGACUCUAUGCUGGUUGUUUGAUCGCAUCUUCUGUAAGAAACUCUCUCAUUGGUAUAUAAACCCACAGGGUCAUGCCUGGUGGCAUGUGCUUAUGGGAUUCAACUCAUACUUUGCAAACACAUUUCUCAUGUUUUGCCGUGCUCAGCAACUAGGAUGGCAACCCCAGGUCGCCCACCUAUUUGGUUUCUUUCCUUAUGUGAAGAUUCAAAAACCAAAGAAACAGGAGUGACAGCAGAGGAACAAUUUUCUGAAGUGUUUGAUGCUGGUUUCUUUUUUGACUCUGAAGACAAAUGUUUAAUUUUAGCAUGCGGGCAAGCAAAGACAUUUUGUAUAUGGACAUCAGUGAUAAGGACUAGUGGUUUGACUGAUUUGUUAGUUUUCAACAUCAACUGGCACUUGCUAUGUAUCAUACUUAAUUCUUCAAUUUGUGGAGAUGGGUUGGAAUCGUCGUCUUUUAUUUUCUUUGUUUAUGCAAAAUAUGUAGUCUUCUGAUUGUAGAUUUAAAAUUGAAUUCAAUUUUUUUUUUUCAAUCUACCGAAUCUUAUGGAGCAAAGUUUCCUGCUUCCUCAGUUGUACCAA